AGACCAUGACUUCCCAUUGCCUAUAUAUACUUCUUAGCAUGGUGUUUCCCCUCCAGUACUCUAUCUCUGCUCAUGCCUCUUCAUUCAAUGGGGGGAUCUCUCUCAUGCAAGUUGAUGAUCACUCCAAUAUUAAUGUGGAAGAUCUGGUGCCCCACAUUCAAAGCUCAAAUAGUGAGGUAACAGUGGACCUAAGAUCCAGGAAGGGUCAUAGCUUGUGGCAUCGACAACGUCGACACCUCAGAAAUGGGCAUGAGAUUUUAAUCAUCAUAGGAUGGGGAACAAUGUUGCCCAUGGGGGUGAUUGUUGCAAGGUACUUCAAAGAAUUUCCCAUGACUUGCAACGAAUGGUACCAAUUGCACAUAAUGCUUCAGAGCGUUGGAUAUAUUCUGGGCACCAUCGGAUGGGCAAUUGGAAUAAGCCUCGGAAAUACUUCCAGACAAUCCGCCUAUAAAACACAGCGCAUUCUAAGUACCAUUGUGUUUACCUUAACAACUAUUCAAAUGCUUGCCUUAUUUUGGCAACCAAAGAAAGGAGAUGAAUAUCGUAAGUGGUGGGAGACAUGCCACCAUUGUCUUGGGUAUGCACUGCUUGUAUUAAUUGUUGCAAACAUACUUGUGGGGAUCCAAAAUCAAAGUCAAGCUGAAAAUUUGAAAUGGGCUUACGUUGUAAUACUCGGACUUUUAGCGUUAAUAGCCCUAGCAUUGGAAAUUUAUAGGUGGGUUAAGUCCAAAGUAAUUCGCCAGUCAGUGGAAUUGAACAGCAGUAUGUACACUUCCCCUUGA